AUGAGUGCCUUGGAGGAAGGCGACUUUGAUGAAUUUGGAGGCAAUAACGAGUUUGAUGGGAAUGAAGAGAUCGAUGAAGAUGUCUUGCUUGGAACCGAUGAAAACCCCACCGAAUCCGAGACACUGAACACUAGUCAAGAGUGUGAGGACGAGGAGCAGUUGGAUUAUGACGAAGAUGAGGAGGAGGAGAAGAAACCGAGGGACAAAUUUGAGUCCGAAAGAAAACCAACUACUACAAUAUCGCAGGCUCCAAAACCGGAUGUUUCUGUGAAGACGGAAGUGAAAGUGGACGAAACUGGGGAUAGUAAGGUUGUGGAAAGCAAGCCUGUGCCAAGCACACCACCAGUGAAGAAUGGAUCAGUGAAAUGUUAUGUUAACCCGAAGUUCAAGGGUCGGCUACCUUGUAAGUCGAUUUUCGAGAUUCUUUCUUUGGUUUUUAGGUGAAAGAUUGAUCUUUAGAGCAAGCCAACGUCUUCUUCUUUCUGUCCGUACUCAAUUUCUGCCGAAAUUACGAAUUACCGUCAAGAUCUGUCCAAUUUUACAUCAGCAUACCUAAAAUAAUGUUUUUCUUUUUAAAAAAUUACGAUGUUUCAGUUAAUGUUGGUCCCCGCCCUCUAACCACCUUACCACCGCCUCCAGUGUUCCAUGUGCCACCCACGAACAUUCAUGCGCCUCCUUUUAUUCCAAUGCAACGAGCUCCCGCACCAAUUAUGCGACCGCUUCUUCCAGUUGCUCCGGGACAAACAGUGGUCAGUCAAUUCGUCCCUCCAGUGCCGACAAGUGGCCCAGUAGCUCAAGUUGUGCAAGAUCAUGACGGGACCAUUAGAUUCAGAGCGAUGAUCCCACCUCCAACUCAACCGAAAGUUACUAUCGCUCGGGCUGGCCAUUGUGAUCCGGGGCCAAAAAGCAAUUGGGAUAGCAACGUAGAGGACUUCUUGAAGAGGACACAAGCUUGUAAGUGCUUUUUAUUUUUGUUGUUUUGGUUUUUAGUGGAUUCUUGGAUAUUACACAUGAUGGAUCACAAGAAAAGUUUGAACUUUUAGUCUAAGUUCUUGCUGAUUUUGCUAUUUUCAGCGAAAAGACGUCGAUCACGGUCAUCGUCAAGGUCGUCAUACUCAUCAAGGAGCAGAUCCUCGUCUUAUUCAUCAUACAGCAGGUCCUCGAGGUCCCCGAGUAAAUCAAGGUCCAGAUCACCGAUACGAUCAAGGAGCAAGUCGGCCGGCCAAAGGAGUCGUAGAAGACCCUCUCCCAAACGCAGUCAUCGACGAGACACUCGAAGAUAUCGCAGAGACAGCAGAGAAAAAGACCGUGAACCUUAUAGACCAAGAAAUGAUCGGACAAGGCCAAAAAGAGAUGAAAGGAAGACGCAAGAAGAGAAAAAUACGAUCGAAUGUGCUGAAGCGUUAGGCCUGGACCAAGAAUAUGUGAAAAAGUUGGAAGAACAGAAGAAAUUGCGCGAAGAAAUGGCCAGAAAAAAGUACCGCCGAGACGAAAGGGACACAAAGAACGAGACAAAAGUGGUCGUGGAAGUCGACCGGCCCAAACGAAAGCCCAGCACACCCGAUCAGAAACUCAAACCCUACCUGGCAGUGGUGAUCCACAACCUCACCAACCUCAGCGACGCCUACAAACGCGUGAAAAUGAUCGCGAACGCCGUGGGCCCCACCAAGGUUAGUCGAGGAAAUGGUUUUGUUUUUGAUUAUUUUCAAUUUUUAUCCAAGAAUUUGUUAGGUUUCAUGUCGUAGAGGAUCAUAAUGCAUCUGAAAACGAGCUUGAGCAUGUAUAUUUUGGCUUUUUGUAAAGUGUUUCAUCGAAUUUUAUAUUGAUUUAGUUAUUUUUUAUCAAUUUUUUUGAUUUUUUACAUUUUUUACUUGAAUAUUUGAGUGUUUCAAGAAGAAUUAUGAUAGAAUAAGGUCUCAUAUGGCAUUAUCUUGUACUGCGGCUUCUUAUUUCAGCAGAAAUUAUUGGAAUUUCAUUUGAAAUUUGAGAUUUUUUGAUGUUUUUGAGGAUUUUUUGGGAUUUUGGAAAUUUCUCAAAGGAAUUCAAUGAUUUUUGCUGGAAUAUGAACUCCAACUGAUAUGUUAUUGUCUUUUGUAUAAUGCAAAAGAAGUAUGUCGGCAUUUGCCAUGCGUAUUUGCCGAUAAUUUUAUGUUAUCCAUGAGGGAUCUGAUAUUUUUUUAAAAUUUUUGUUGUUUCUAAUGUCUGAAUUAUUUUUCUUUGGAUUUUAUGAGUCGUAUAUGGUCUACAAGAGUUGUAGAACAGACUUUUAUUUGUUUCUCCAUUCAAUUUUGAGAUUUUUACCACGAUUUUUUCGUCAAUUUUGACCCCGAUAUGAAUCAAAUUUUCUCGAAAAGAAAUGUUGAUUUAUCUCGUGCACCGUGUCGUCCGUCAAGAAGUCUUUGAGUACAAAAAAGAUGACGCUCUUUCCUUCCAAUUUUUAUAAGUCUUGUUGGUCUUUAUUCAAUUUUUGAUAUAAAAUCGAGCUCUUGGAUCAGCACCUUGUUUUAGACAAAAUUUUAUGAAAUUUUGAUUUUAAUGCUGAUCAAAGGGCCGAUGAAACUCUGAAAUGGAUAUGUAUUGUAUUAUCAGCCCUUACCUGUCAUAUCUAGUCAAUUUUUUAUCGAAUAUACGAUCUCGAAUAUAUCUUUUUUUUCUAUUUGAUCUCAAAUUUCAUCAAAAUUUACUGGUUUUUGUCGAUUUCCUGGUGAUUAUUUAAUAUUUUUAUAUCGAAUAUUCACAAUAUAUCACAAAUUUUGUUGUAAUAUCAUACAGUCUUGGUAUACCAUCCAUCUGGAUAAAGGAUUUACAAAAAAAAAAUUUUUUUUUGACACCUUGUUUUAGGAUGCUUGGUAUACCAAGAAAUGGUUCGCAUAUCGAAUGAGUUUGAUCCAAAAAUAUUUUAUUUGGUUUAUAAUGCAAUUUAAAUACCGUUUUGAGUAUUCUGCAAUAGUAAUAUUAGUGUAUUUAUUCUUUUUUUUACAAUAAAUACCCCCAGGAUUCGGCAGCUAAGAAUGCCUCGAUUAUAACUGCGAGGAACGUGGUGUUGGCGAGAAAGGAGUAACAGAGUCUGGUGAAGGUAAUGCUAAUUGGUUGGAGGGAUUUUUGAAGCAAUGACAGCGUGAAAUUGCCAGAAUUCGAGAUUUUAUUGCGAAAAAAAGUCGAUUCUAAAAAAAUUCCGAUAAAAAACGGUAUUUUUGGUUGAAAAAUGCCAAUAUAGACAUGAAUUUCUAAUUCUAUUGCACUUUGAACAUGUUUUUUUCUGAAAGUUCUUCCAUUAUCAGCGUAAAAUUACAUUAUCCAUGUUUCAGAAGGUAUGGCAGACGUCGGACGACUCAAUCAGCGUGAUAUUCGAGAGCCAUGAGAACGCGAAGAAGUUCAUGUUACAGUAUCAUAUGUAAGUUCAAUUUUGGCGCAGGUUUGGCCAGUUUUUUGGUCAGUUUGAGGUUGAAGUCAGGGCGCAGCUCGCGGAUUUUUAAUUUUGCUUAUUUUGAUAUGCAAAUGGAUAGAAUCUAGGGGAAAUGGAAGGUACAACUUCUUAGGGCAGUGUAAAAUCAUUUGAGCGGGUUUUUUAUCACCUAGGGCGCAGCUCGCGCGAUUCAAAAUUUUCUAGGGCGCAGUCUGCGGAUUGAAAAAUUUUGGAUUUUGCUAGUUUUCAUAUGCAAAUGAUAGAAAGUAGUGGGAAUAUAUAUAAAUUCAUCGUAGUGGAUUUUUGUCAGCCAGGGCGCAGCUCGCGGGAUUCAAUUUUUUCUAGGGCGCAGCCUGCGGAUUGAAAUUUUUUUUCUGGGGGUUUCACGGAUAAAAUACGUUAUUUUUACAUAAAAAUGAAUAAUUCGACGCAUUUUCAGGAAGCCCUUCAACGGAAUCACAUUGGAUAUUGGCCUCGAAAAGGUGUUCCUCAACCUGAAUGCGAUCCCAUAA